AUGUCCCACCUAGGUGAACUAGACUACUGGGAAGAUAUUUACAAAAAAAGCCUCAGCAUACACAGUGAUGGGUCAACAGAUACAAACGAGUGGUUUGUUAGGGAAGGUAAUAGGCUAAUCGAAAAAUUGCUUGAGGUGUAUCCUGAUGAGCAUAGACAAAAAAUUAAGAUCCUGGAUGUGGGUUGUGGUUCUGGCGAAUUUCUAUGCAAACUGCGCGACAGAGGAUUCACGAAUCUCUAUGGUUUCGAUUACAGCGACAAUGCCAUUGUUUUGGCAAAAAAAAAUGCAGGAAAAUCGAAAAUUUCAAUCAAAUUCAUCACUCUGAAUGUUGAAAAUGCCUGUGAAGUAAUGAGUACUAGUGGCCCGUUUGAUGUUGUGUUUGAUAAGGGCACCUUUGACAUCUUUUUUUGCACAGACAGAGUGCCCACCUACACACAAAACAUAUUACCCCUUAUUUCAAAAAAUGGAAGGUAUUUCAUUGUUUCCUGCAAUGCUACUAUAGAUGAAUUGAUUCAUUCAUUUUGCACAUUAAGCAGCGUAAAAUUGGAGUUGGAGCAUAAAUUUCAACCACUGCAAACAUUCGUAUUUGGGAAUAAAAAGGGACAUAGUACUACAAGUGCCAUGUUUAAACUUGAAAUUGUUAAUUAA